AUGACCUACAUCGUAGGCUUGAACAGCGGCUCGUCUUUCGACGGUGUCGAUGCCGUUCUUUGCCAGAUCGGAAUCGCGGAGGACGGCCAUCCUUCUCGACCCCAAUACGUCGACGGCCUGACGGUAGACUGGCCUCUCGAACUUCAACCGUUGAUCCUGCGAGCCUUCAACAAUGAUUUGACCAUCUUCGAAAUGACGCGGUUAAACUAUGCCGCCGGUGCGCUGUAUGCCGAGGCAGCCAACGACCUCAUUCAGAGAAACAAUCUGAAGCCCGAAGACAUCGACGUCAUCGGCUACGACGGCCAGACUAUCUACCAAGAGCCGCCAGACCGUGUCAAAGAGAGGGAGUAUGUCCUAAGUGGGAAUAAGAGUCUUGUGGACCGCUGGCUAAAAGGAGGAUUUCCUUGCGGCUUCUUUAUUGCCGAGUCCGGUGUCGUCGCCGCUCUAACCGAUGUCGAUACGGUUACCCAGUUUCGACCUCUCGACCACGCCCUCGGUGGUUCUGCUGCACCCCUGAUGCAGUACCUUGACUUUGUCGCUUUUCGCAACGAUGGAACGACGGUCACUCUGAACAUUGGCGGGAUCGCGAACCUGCAGCUUGCUAAUGCGGACCGAAGCAAGAUGAUGGCAUUCGACACAGGCCCGGGAAAUGUCAUGAUCGACCACGUCUGCAAAGCUCGCACUGGUAGAGGCUACGACAAAGAUGGCGAGCUUGCAGCCCAAGGACAGGUUAUCCCCAAACUUCACGAAGAGCUCCUGCAGCAUGACUUUUACACGCGGAAGCCACCAAGGUCCGCAUGGCGUCUUGACUUUGGCGCGGCAUAUGCAGAUGCCGUUCUUGAGAGAUAUUCCACAGCAUCCACCGAGGACCUUCUCGCAACGCUGACACGAUUUACGGCAAUAUCCAUCACGAAGAGCCUGACAGACUUCAUUCUCCCGAAAACAGAGGUUACACGAGUUGUGGCAUCUGGGGGCGGUACUCGGAACGCGACGCUGAUGAAAAAUCUCGGAGAAGAGGUGGAGAAGCACGGCUUGAAGCUCGUGACUAGCGACGAGUUCGGAAUUCCUGCUGCAUACAAGGAGGCCAUCAAGUUUGCUACCUUGGCAUUUGCCAACAAGCGGAGCCUGGCAAACAAUAUUCCAGCUGCAGGGGGUGCUGUGAGAUAUGCUUCUCUUGGAAAACUUAGCCUGGCUCCCCGGAGAGCCAAGAACUCGGAACCCGUUGUUGGAAGAGACGAGAAGGUGCUGGGGUUAACUGUCGAUGGACAUUAA